ACAAUUACGAUCGAUAAUUAUUAUUUAUUUAAAAAGAAACGUUAGGAUGAGCGCUCGCGGAGAGAAGAAAGACGAUAUGGUGAGAAGAUUCGUUUAAUUUCGUGUAGCAAACUGAUAAUCGAAUAAAUUUAUCUCAGAACGACGAAGACAAGAGGUUACAAGAAGAUUUAUUGCAACUAGUCGACGUAUUGAUGGUAAGAAUUUAAUAUUAUUCCGUACGGGCGAGUGACGAUCAUUAGGAAUAAUAAUGUUUCCGCGCUCAAGGGAAAAGACGAAAAGGCGAUGGCACGUGCUCUGAUACAUCUCAGAAUAUUAAUGCAAACCUCGACCACUUCGAUGACCUCGGUACCAAAGCCAUUAAAAUUUCUUAGAGAUUAUUACGCUCGACUAAAGGAAGCCUACUUCAAGAUCGAAAAAAACGACGACAUUAAGAGACAAUUUGCCGAGAUUUUGAGCGUUUUAGUUAUAGUUGGGACGUCCCCGGGCUCGAGAGAAUGUUUAGAUUUUUGUAUAAAAGGAGCGGUCAAGAACCCUGGCGAGUGGGGCCACGAAUACGUCAGACAAUUGGAGGCAGAGAUCGUCGACGAAUGGACCAGCGCGCCGAUCAAGGAAGAAGAGGAUAUCAGGUCACAGCUUACGCCCUUGAUCGAGAGCAUAGUAAAGUUCAAUAUGAAACACAAUGCCGAGAUACAAGCCUGUGAUUUGUGCUUGGAAAUCGAUCAAAUGAAUUUCCUACACGAUUAUUUGGAUUCCAAUAACUUUUCGAGGGUGUGUCACUACUUGACGAGUUGCGCUGCUUACAGCGAAGACACGGAGAGAAAACAAAUAUUGGAAUUCGUAUUCGAUCAGUACAUGAGAUUCGGAGAGUAUAGCAAAGCUAUGUUGAUUGCGUUACAACUGGCCAAUCCGGAUUUGGUGUUCAAGUGUCUCUCCACGUGUCCAGAUCCUUUGAUACGAAAACAAUUAGCAUUUCUGAUUGCGAGACAACAGAAUCAUUUAAUGAAGAAGGAAUAUCGAGAGGAAGACGCACAGGAUAUCGAGACUAUACUUAGCAAUGGACACGUCAAUGGCCAUUUUCAAAUAUUGGCGAGAGAAUUGGAUAUAUUGGAGCCUAAACUACCGGAAGAUAUUUACAAAACCUGGUUGGAGACAGGAAUGAGAAGAGAUAUCGAUUAUGAUUCCAUUAGAUCCAAUUUGGCUUCUAGCUUCGUCACGGCUUUCGUUCAUGCCGGUUUCGGCGAAGAUAAGCUCAUGGCGAAUACCAAAGACUGUUGGGUGUACAAAAACAAGGGAUAUACUAUGCUAUCGGCAACCGCGUCCUUAGGUCUGAUACAUCUUUGGGACGUGGAUGGUGGAUUAGUACCGAUCGACAAAUAUCUUUAUACGAGUGACGAUUACAUCAAGUCAGGUGCUCUAUUGGCAAUCGGAUUAGUAAACUGUGGAGUUCGAAAUGAAUGCGACCCAGCCUUGGCUCUAUUAAGCGAUUAUGUUCUCUCUACGAGUGAAAUUCUACGAAUCGGUGCGAUCUUAGGAUUAGGUUUGGCUUAUUCCGGCUCGCAACGAUCCGACGUUGCGGAACUUUUGACAUCGGCGUUAAACGACAAACAAAGUUCCAUGGAGAUAAUCGGACUUUCGGCGAUUGGUUUAGCUUUGGUCUACGUAGGUACGGCCAAUUCUGACAUCUCCUACGUCAUAUUGCAGAAAUUACUAGAACUUACGAUCGAGCAAUUGGCUAAUACGCAUUACAGGUUCUUGUCAUUGGCCUUGGGAAUACUUUACAUGAGUUGCCGGGAUGUUAUAGAUACUCCAUCAGCGGCACUAGAAGUUUUACCUGAACCAUACAGACUAGCUUGUCAAACUAUGUUACAGGUAACAAACCAAUUACCGUUAUAAACUCGUUAAUUCUAUCGAAUACUUCGACUCGAGAUUUGCGCAUACGCUGGAACCGGCGACGUCCUUAUCGUCCAAGAACUCCUACGAAUUUGUUCGGAACCCGUCAACGGCAAGGAAAGUAUUUACGGUACACCGAUUACGACUCCUGUUGCCAGUUGUUGCGAUCACGGAAAACGCGUGGUUUCUAAUCCUACGACAGAAGAUAAUCAAGCGAAGAACAAGACUCCUAAUUCCAAAGAAAUCGGAAUAUCGCAAGCGAUAGCGUCUCUCGGAGUUGGAGUGGUUGGUCUCGGCGAAGGCAAAGAAAAUUCGAGGAUCUUCGGACAGGUAGGACGAUACGGUCCGACCCAAGCUAGACGAGCGGUACCCUUGGCAAUGGCCCUUUCAUCUCUUUCCAAUCCAGAACCCGCGCUCUUAGACGUUUUAAACAAAUACAGUCACGACAAUGACGUGGACGUUGCCCACAAUGCGAUAUUAGCUUUAGGAUUGGUUGGUGCUGGGAGUAACAAUGCGCGAUUGGCGACCAUGCUUAGACAAUUAGCUGCCUAUCACGCCAAAAAUCCUUCACAUUUAUUUCUCGUACGAAUCUCUCAAGGUCUCGUGCAUUUAGGAAAAGGUACGUUAUCGUUAUCACCCAUGCAUUAUUCAUCGAGAAUCUUGGAUCGAACGGCACUGGCUGGAUUGAUGGUGGUUCUGGUUGCAUGUUUGGAUUGUAGGAAUUUGAUAUUGGAUAAAUCUCAUUACUUGAUGUACUGUUUAGCUACGGCCAUGGAACCACGAUGGUUGGUCACUUUGGAUAAGGACCUCAAGACACUUCCUGUUUCCGUGAGAGUUGGCCAAGCCGUGGACAUCGUUGGCAAGGCUGGCAAUCCAAAGUCCAUAGCUGCUGGUAACGUUCACACGACUCCGACCCUUCUAACGCAUAACGAAAGGGCGGAAUUGUUGUUGGACGAAUACGAACCUUUGUCCAGCAUGUUGGAAGGGUUUGUUAUUUUAAGAGAAAAAACAGAACCUUCCUAAACGGAUCUUUUGAUCUUUUUAAAUAAAUAUUGAGAAACUUUCUUCGCUCACAAAGCUAAACUUUGCCAUAUAAAAUGACUUAGAAGCUGGUAUGGAAUUCGAUUUUUAUAUAGGUUUGCGUUUAUUUAACUUUAGGGACUAGCGGAAGCAAUGUGCUUUAUACAACAGAAAUGUACAUUGGUAUGCAUUGCACAGUGGGAACAACAACGCUGCACCAUGAUCAAAGUAUUAGACAGAUUGUCAACAUCUGUUUCCUCAUUCUUUUCUUCUUUAUCCCUUAAGCAAGGCUAUAGCCUAUCCUAUACCUUAAUUAUAUAUAAGUAGGGUAAAUAAAAGUUUCACGACGAAAGCGAGUUUUUAACUCGAAUACACUUGUCUAUAUGCUUGUCCGUGGGUCGUAUCGACGACGUAGAAAAGAACGGUUUAGGAGAAGGGGACUAAAAUACAUCGACGGACUGAUUUUUUUUAUCUCGUUCCUUUUGAUAUUUUUUCACAUGCGUAAAAUACACAUAGGUAUAUUAUAGUGCGUUUUCCUUUCGUACCGAAAGAUGUAUACAUAUACAUACAUACACACAUAUAUAUAUAUAUGCAUGUAUGAAUGUGGUAUGCAUGUUUGUAUGUAUGUAUGUUGUAUGUGUAUGUACGUACGUAUAUAUGUAUCUAUGUAUAUAUGUAUAUAGGUAGGUAUACAAGUCCAAGUAUGAUUUGUAUUGUAACGUGUACGAGAGAUCAUGGCGCUCGUUCCUUACUUUCCCCUUUUUUAUUUUUUUUUAUCUUUCUUCCUUCUUUUCUUUUCUUUUUUUUUUUUUUAAUAUUAUAAUUACCUUCCUCGUGAAGAAACUGUGAGAAAACGCAAGCUUUACAUGUAUAUGCACAUGUACAACGUGUGUAACACUACGUACUCUUUGUAUUUUAAUAUCUAACGAACAUUCUUCUUCCCU